ACUAAAGCAUUUCAUCUGUCUAAUUCUAAUGUGUCUUAUAAAAGUACAAAAUCGUUGUAAACGAAAUGUAAUGUUAGGUAAAAUAUUGUGUGGUACUUUCAAAAAUGUCACCUAAGGUCCCAACUUGUGCUAGGCGUCCCUAGAAAUGGACCCGUCACCGCUGGGCAUUGUUUUACGUUAUACUCCUUCAGAAUGGCAGCGUCACCCAUACCAGGAUACACUAUUUAUUAAAGUGGGUAUUAAUGUGGCGACAGAAGAAUAUCGAACUAUAGACGAAAUCGUACACAAUACCUUUAGUAACGUCACAAUCAACAAAAUUCAAAGGAUACAACAUCCAUUUGCAUAUGGAAGGUUCCAUAUUCGAAAACAACAGUUGACGUUGAUUAAUAAACGUGAGCCAACAGUAAACAGAGUCUUCCUAUCAAUUACAGAUAAAUCAAAACUCCAUUCCGUUCUACACUAUAAUUGCGAUAGUCGACGAGGGGGUUUUAGUGAAGAGCAUCUCCUGCCCUCAAAUGGCUUUAUCCUUAUAAUAAAAACUUUAAGCGAACUUCCAUGUGAAAGGGACAGCGAUCGUUACCCGGAAUAUUUAAUCGCUUAUAGACAAAUCCAUCGGCCACCCUCUGACAGAUCCGUUGUAUCAACUGCCCAACUUUCUUCAUCCACUUCACUAACAAAUGAAGAUAGCAGGUCAACCCAACCCACUACCUCAUCUUAUGAAGACAGCUCGACAAAAAAUUCACAGUCAAAUUACGAUGACUUUGAAUAUGAUUGUCGAUACGACGAUUCGUGUAAAUAUCUGACUAGAGAUGAUUUUGCUCAUACAUCAUCUUACGAAGACCGUUUGAAAGAAAAUUUACAGUCAAAUUACAAAAAUUAUGAAUAUGAUUAUCAAAACGACUAUUCGUGGAGUUACCUGACUAGAGAUAAUUUUGCUUCUUAUGCACCCACCGAAGGGUCAUCUAGUGAAUAUCAUGAGCCUGGAUCACGUUGGUGGUUGUGGAUAGGAGCAGCCGUAAUUGUUGCUUACAUCUACUGGAGGAGGUCCUCAGAAUAAUUUUUUAGAUGCUUAUGUUUAAACCUUUAUAGUAAAAUAGGUGUGCUUGAAAAUGUACUUUGUUUAUAAAGAAAUGAAAUUCGCAUCGACCGACGAGACUUUUGGGGUCUGGUUUCUCGUGGAAAUCUUCGAGUCUUCGCUUCUAUUGAAAAUGCUGCUAGAAUCUUCGGCUGGGCGCAACUACGGCUCUCUGGCGAUGAUAUUUGGUCCUCGGCGUAAUUUGUCUCUUCUAGGUUUGAUCUUCGUUCUUGGGAAACCACCCUGGUGAAUGAUCUAGCUUAAGUUAAAGGGGGGACGGCUUACCAAAC